AGGCUCAAGCAAUGAUAUACCAGAAUACACUAGAGGAAAAACCUUUAUGUCAUCACUGUUAAGUGCUGAAAACCUCGUGUGCUCAUGGUUCAUACCGCAAGCGAUUUCUUGUGGAUAAGGUCCUCCGAUUAAGCAUCCUUCAAGCUGUGAAGGGAGAAGAAGUUACAGAAAUGACCGGAAGAGCAGAAGAUGUCAAUGUUCAAGGGAAAUUCAAUGUGGAGGAGACACAAGGAAUCAUCUUUGAGGCCAUUGAGAGCUGUCUAGGCAAUGAGGCUUACAAUCCCAGCAAGGUGAAGCAGUGGACCAAUGAUGUUGUUCAAAAAUGCAUCAGUCAACUCACCAAGACCAGCAAAAACUUUAAAUAUGUUGUGACUUGCACCCUCAUGCAGAAGACAGGAGCAGGGAUUUAUUCACUCACCAAGUGCUACUGGGAUGACACUACUGAUGGGACCUGUUCUGUGCACUGGGACAAUCAAACCAUCUACUGCAUAGUGACUGUGUUUGGUGUGGCCUUAUGAGAGGAUCUCAAGCAAUGGACUGACAUCCUCAUCAAAUCCUAUGGUUCAUCCCUUUCUUAUCACAAAUUCCAUGGGCCUACUAUGUGAAGAAGAAUGACUCCCUGAAUGUGAAGUGUGAAGGUUGUUUGAAAUCACUGAAAUUGAAUGCCUGCGGAUAAAAUACUUUUUUUUUAAGGCAUAUAUGGUAUGAAAUAAACAAUGAAAAAAAAAUUUUUGACU